AUGAAAAUUUAUUAUUUACUAUCAUUGUUAUUUUUUUCUCUAUAUCUCAAUAAUGUUUUGGUAAAUGGAUUAACUAUUGAAAAAUUUAUUUUAAUUGGUCCCGACUAUGUUAGUGAUACCAUUUGUACGACUGUAAAUUAUAAUGUUAUGUUCAAUCAUAACGUAUCGAUUAGUUUUUACAAACUUCAAUCGAAACCGUUUAAUAUAUCACCAAAGUCAAUUCUGGUGAAUAUGCCAUACCAAUCGGUUCAAAUCCAAUUCAGUUCAUUUCAACCAGGUACUUUCCCGCUGUAUUUGAAUGUCACCGAUGACAACAAUGCCAUGUACACCGUCUAUUUAGAUACCUAUAAAUGUUCGCCAGUUACGGAGCCACCCGCAGUCGAUUCUAUCACACCAUUCUUUUGGAUCAACGAUUUUGGCACAAAGUAUCCUGGUCGUGUUUUUCUGCGUAUUACAAACCCUCAGCCCAAUGCAAAAUUCAUCAUUAUUAGAAAUCCAAACAAUUCUAUCCAAGCAUAUGAGUUGGCCAAAUACUCUAAAGAUUACUAUAGAAUGGAGCUUUUACCUCGUCCAAACUAUCAAUCCACCGAUGGAAUAUUCAUUACAAUUGGUAUCAUGGGUAGUACAAAUACAACUUUAAGAAAAACCAUUAGUAUACCUUUCCCAUAUCCAGAUAAUUUCGUUAGAACAACCAAUAUUUUAAAUAUUUAUCCGUUCCCAAAGAAUAAUACAAUUAUGGAAACUGGUGUGUUUUACAGUCAAUCUGUAAAUUCAAUCGUUAGUGCUAUCGAGGUGAAUUCAAGAUUGAUUAUCUAUUCAAAUAGUUCUACUGUUCCAGUUUCACAAUUUAUUCCACUUCUUGGUAGUUAUGACAAUGGAUUAUACAAUAUGUAUUUCACUAUUGAAUUUAGUACAUCAUCAACAUUUAGUUUGUAUUGCAAUGAUUUAAACUCCACUCAUAUUACCGAUUUCACUUUUGGAAUCCAACAAAAUCCAACUUUUUCCAUUAAAGCAAAUUCAGAGGUCGACUCUGAAGUAGGGGAGCUAAUAUCACAAAUGAACUAUCAUCUUUCCGAUGUCCAUACUGUUUAUCUUAGAAGAUCGAUCAAGAUGGAUUUCCCUUUGGGAUACAUUACUGACAAUACCAAUGGUGGUUUUAACUAUAGUUAUUCUUUUAUCAGUACUAAAUAUACCGAUUUUUAUAUAAUUUUAAUAUCCAUUGAAAAUCUACUUGGUUCAGUCUCUGUACAAUCACCAAGUCCAGUACUACCAACGCCAAAGCAAGAGUCAAUCAUCAGUAUCGAGUAUUUAGUAUUCUCUUCCUAUUCAUUUGUUAUUCGUACACGUAUUCAAAACAAUGGUAUUUUCAAUGUUUGGAACCUGUACAAUAAAGAUAUGACAUUAGUCAAUAUGGUAGAAACCGACAACAAUACUUCAGUAUAUGAAUGUGAAUUCUCCUAUGUAUUGCCUUCAAGUGCUGUCACCACACAACCAAUAUUCUUUGUUACCAAUUCUUUGGGUAGUUUAUCUACCUACUUUUAUGAUACAACCAUGAUCAAUGCCAAUUUAGAAGUAUUACCACUAGUACCACCAGGUUUUAAGAUGAACUUUUCAGCAGAAGAUAUUACAUUUUUUAAAUUCUUCCCAAAUACCGUUGAUGUUUCAAAUGGACCUGGAUAUACUGAACUUCAUUUCAAUAUAUCUAACGUUGAUGUCAAUGGUUUACCACAAAUUUAUUUCCCAACACCAAUUACACCUGCUGAUACUAUCGAUGAAACAUUAAUCUUUACUGGUCAAUACGAUCCAAAUUUGAAAAUGUAUAAGAUUCCAAUUACAAUUAAAUCAUUACUAUUCACAAGAAGAUUAUCCUAUUAUUUGUUUGGUAACAAAUUACUUGAAAGUGGAUUCAUUUCAUCUUUUGUUGGUGAUAAUGCAUAUUUAAAUGUUACUUGUUCAUAUGCUGAUGAAUUUGGUCCAAUUGUCGUUGAUGUUCAACCAUUUAAAAAGAAAAUUUUAAUGGAGAGAGGUAUGAAUACAACCAUUGGAUGGAAUAUUGUAAUCGAUGAUAGACCAAGUGGAUUCCGCAGUGGUGUUGCUGUUAUUACAUCAAAAUAUGACAAAUCUCCACUGAAUAUUUCAUUUAGUGUAUUUGAUGCCAUCAGUGGAAAUGAAUUUUCUGGUACCUAUAGAAUUGCAUUCCCUAUCAAUGGUCAAUGUAGAUCUGAUGAAUAUACAUUAGAUUUAAUUUUAUAUGAUUACAAUGAUAACAAGGCAACUACUUUCUUUAAAGAAUAUGCACCAUCUACUUCACCUUUUAUCUACAUUAACGGAACUCCAAAAGAAUCAUUAUUAACAAUUGAUGUUAUUUGUCAAGCACCUGAGGAUGUUAUAAAUCCAAAUUUGGUAUCUCUUGAUUUUACCAGAGAAUUAGAUGUUGGAUCUCUUAAUAGAAGAUUCCAAGCAACUAUUGUUGUAGAAGACAAUCCAUAUGGUUCUGGAAUAUCUAAAUAUCCAAACAAUUCACCUGUGUUGUAUUUAGUAUCUGGUACUAUGUAUUUCCACCAAAUAAGAUCCAAGUUUGUUGGGCAGGUUGGUUCAAAUUAUACUUUUAAAAUAGAUGAACAACUUCCAUUUGGAUAUGGAAUUAUUUUUGGAAAGAUGGUGGUCAAUAUCUAUGGUAUUACUGAUAAUUUCAAGAAUGUAAUGGGUUACAGUACUGUUGAUUUGAAAUCACUUGGUUUUCCUUAUUAUGUAAACACAUCGUUCAAUCUUGUUCAACCCUAUCUAGUGUCGUGCUCUAAUGUUCCACCUUCUGGAGGCAGAGCAAUCAUUCGUGGUUAUAAGAUGGGAAAUAUUACCUCAUCUGUCUGGAAGGUCAACUAUGGUAAAGGAUAUGAGACUAUCAUCCCAGAUUUCUCGACCAAUGUAGUUGUUACUCUUAAGCUCAAAGCAUUCAACAGUAAUAUCACUGUAAUUGACUAUAAUAAUGGUGUGCCUUCUAAUGAACUUACUAUUCAACCAUAUAAUCCACAACCAUAUCCACGCCCAACACCACCACCAACUCAAAAACCAAUCUAUCCGUGCCCAGGAACACCAAAAUGUUUUGGUAAUGGAGAUUGCACUGCCAACGGUUGUGUUUGUAGACUACCAUGGUAUGGAGAAUCUUGCAACUCCAAGUCUAUCAAUGUUCCCAAUCCAUUGGAUCCAAAUGAUACCCCAACCACAAAUAGCACUAUCAAUGAUCCUUCUACCGGUAUCUUUACAAGUGUGGUAUCGAUUGCUUCACUCAGAGAGAAGACACCCGACCAAUCAAUUUUCCAAGAAUACAAAUUCUCAAACUGGACAUUCACAAAUCUUUCUGACGUUGACAACUAUCAAUAUCAAUACAGUUCACCAAUUGGAGGCAAUCAAACCACCGUUGUAAGAGUAUUCGUACAAUUCUUCCAAAAUAUGACCGAUUUUUCUUUUGCUGGACAAAAUACAACAAUGAUGCCAGGCACCAUUAAGUAUUCGAUUUCUCUCUCCCCCUAUAAAUUUGAUAAUAUUUUGAAUACCCUAGAGAUGGUCAUGACAGCAACUGCUGCAUCUUCAGAAAACAACUCUUGCUCUAUGAACGAAUAUGGUUACUCCAAAGAUAACUCUAAUACCUUGCAAUGGAUCAAGCUUAAAAUCAACGACAAGAGUUUGUAUGGACGUUUCCUAUCAGUCGGAAUCGUUGACGGCCGUAUCUCACAGGUUUCCAACGUAAUUCUCGAUGGCUCCUCACUUGAAAUCCCUAGAGAAAACCAAACAGUCAAUACCUAUGUUGGUAUGGGUAUUCCAUUCUACAGUCAGUCGGUGGUAAUAGAUCCAGAUUUUUCUGUUCUCUUGGAGAAUGAUGCUGAGAAUGCCAAAUCAGCAUGUAAAUCUUCACCAGGUGGAUUGUCAAAAAGUGCUAAAAUAGGUAUCAUUGUCGCUAGUUGUGUAGUGGGAGUUGCUAUAGUAGGAACAGCUGCAGUUGUCAUUAUCAAAAAAAGAAAAUUCAAUAAUGAGAAUAGAAGCUUAGAAAUGAAAUUAGAUAAUGAGAAAUCAAGAUAA